GACCUUUCUGAGAGAACAUGAAGGCAACACUAACUUCGGCAUGGUCACGUGCUACGUGCGUGUCACAGGGAUGCGGAAGUACAGAACCGUUGUUUUGCUAAUCAGAAGAUAGCCGAGCUAAUUCUUCUCGCUAACCGUUACCAAGUCAACAACACCCAUGGUCAGGAUGACCCAGAAGCACUGCCUGGAGGGCCAGGUGUACUCCGUGCCUCUCAUCCAGCCAGACUUGAGGAGAGAGGAGGCUGUCCAUCAGAUAGCAGAUGCAUUACUCUACCUGGAGACAAUUUCUACAGAUAUUUUCAGAAGGGUGUCUGACAGUGUCGAGAAGAACCGCCGCCAGCUGCAGAGCGUCACUGACCGGAUUAGACUAGCCCAGGCCCGUGUCGACAAGAUCAAAGGCAGUAAGAAGGCCACCAAGGUUUUCUCCAGUGCUAAGUACCCGGCCCCAGAUCGACUUCGGGAUUACUCAUCUAUCUUUAUUGAGGCUACAGACCCCUCCUCACAAACUCGCCCCCGACGCAGGAUACAGAAUAAACUUCGACCCUUUGAUGAAAAUGCCUUGCAGGAGAGGUUAAUGUAUUUCCCAGUGUGUGUGAGCAAGAAGAAGAAAUCUGAGGAUGAGACAGAGGAGGGGCUGGGCAGUCUGCCACGCAACAUCUCAUCUGUCAGCUCCCUGUUGCUCUUUAACACUACAGAGAACCUUUAUAAGAAGUACGUGUUCCUUGAUCCUCUGGCGGGAGCAGUGACAAAAACACACACAACACUAGAGACCGAAAAAGAAGAGAAGCCAUUUGACGCACCGUUGUCCAUCACGAAGAGAGAGCACCUAGACAGACAGACGGCAGAGUCUUAUUUCUAUGUGCCAGACCUGGGCCAGGUGCCUGAGAUAGAUGUGCCAUCUUUCCUGCCUGACCUGCCAGGCAUCGCAGAUGACCUGUCCUACAGUGCAGACCUCGGGCCCGGCUUCGCCCCGUCAGGACCCACACACAACAUCCCUGAUCUGCCGUCCUUCUCUGAGGAGAGCAAUGCACAUGGAUUUCCACUCCAACCUAACAUUCCGCCUCCUCCCCCACCUCCCCCUCCCCCUGAGCCUGCCCUCCCUCCUGCCAUUCCUGCAGGAGCUCCCCCUCCUCCCCCUCCUCCACCCCCUCCUCCUGUUGACAGCCCCACAGAAGUCUCUCAAGUCCCAAGUUCAGGCCCUUCGUCUGGUACUUCCAACAAGGCGGUUGAGCCGUCAGACGGCCGUGCCAGUCUCCUGGAGUCCAUCCGCAACGCCGGAGGCAUUGGCAAAGCAAAGUUACGCAACGUUAAAAAACGCAAGAUGGAGAAGAAGAAACAGAAGGAGCAAGAGCAAGCAGUGGGAGCGGCAUCUAGUGGUGGAGACUUUAUGGCUGAUCUUUUCAAUAAACUUGCCAUGCGAAGGAAAGGCAUAUCUGGGAAGGGUCCAGCAGGGGGCGAGUCAGGUGAUGCUCCCGCUGGUACCAGCGGUGCAUUUGCCAGAAUAUCAGAUGUCAUCCCACCACUUCCUGUGCCACAUGCAACAACAGACGAUGAUGACUGGGAAGCAUAACAUAAUGGACAAUGAAAACAAAGCAUUGAUAAUGAAAGCAUUCAAUAGUUUUGUGUACAAAGGACUUACAUUUUUCUCCAAUCGCUUCACAAUAUUAUAACAAGUGGUAAGUUC